CCGUGCCUAUAUAAUCCACUCCACCGAAGCACCGGAACACCUGAGGAAUCCCCAGACCAAGCAGAAGCAUGCAGCGCACGGGCCAUGGAGGCGGCGGCGACGGCGAGGGCGCGAGCGUCCUCCUCCUGCCGUUCCCGGGGGCGCAGGGCCACACGAACCCGCUGCUGGAGCUGGGCCGCCGCCUGGCGCGCCACGGCCUCCGCCCCACGCUCGUCACCACCCGCCACGUGCUCUCCUCCAGCCCGCCGCCCGGCGCGCCCUUCCGCGUGGCCGCCAUCUCGGACGGCUUCGACGCCGGCGGCGCGGCCUCGGACUACACGGAGUACUUCUCCCGGCUGGAGGCCGUGGGGUCCGACACGCUGCGGGAGCUCCUUCUGUCGGAGGCGCGCGCCGGGCGGCCCGUGCGCGUGCUGGUGCACGACUCCCACCUGCCGUGGGCGGGGCGGGUGGCGCGCGCGGCCGGCGUUCCCGCCGCGGCGUUCUUCUCGCAGCCGUGCUCGGUGAACGUCGUCUACGGGGAGCUCGCUGCGGGGAGGCUGGCCCUUCCAGUGACGGACGGGCGUGAGCUGCUGGCGCGCGGAGCGCUGGGCGUGGUGCUGGGUCAGGAGGACGUGCCGCCGUUCGCCGCGGCGCCGGAGUCACAGCCGUUGUUCCUUAAGACGGCUAUUGGGCAGUUCGACGGGCUGGAGGACGCUGACGACGUGCUCGUCAACUCAUUCAACGCCAUCGAGCCAAAGGAGGGAGCGUUCAUGGAGUUAACAUGGAGAGCGAUUACCGUAGGCCCCACCUUGCCAUCGUUUUACCUUGACGACGAUCGUCUGCCCUCCAACAAGUCUUAUGGUUUCAACCUAUUUGGCAGCGAUGCACCGUGCAUGGAUUGGCUAGAAAAACAGAGCAUCUCCUCUGUUGUGCUCGUAUCCUACGGGACUUUCUCCAACUACGACGCAACCCAGCUAGAGGAGCUUGGCAAUGGGUUGUGUAAUUCUGGCAAAUCUUUUCUAUGGGUUGUUAGGUCCAACGAGGCACACAAGCUAUCGGAGGAACUAAGGAAGUCAUGUGAGAAGAAUGGAUUGAUUGUUUCUUGGUGCCCCCAACUUGAGGUUCUAGCACACAAGGCCAUUGGAUGUUUUGUUACUCACUGUGGCUGGAACUCGACGCUGGAGGCGGUUGUUUGUGGUAUACCUCUUGUGGGAAUUCCGCAUUGGGCGGACCAACCCACCAUCGCAAAGUAUGUGGAGAGCGCAUGGGGUAUGGGUGUGCGAGUGCAGAAGAGUGAAAGUGGAUCACUAAGGAGUGCGGAGGUCGAGAGGUGUAUUAGAGAUGUCAUGGAUGGGGAGAGGAAGGACGACUAUAAAAGAAAUGCUAUGAAGUGGAUGCAAAAGGCCAAGGAGGCAAUGCAAGAAGGGGGAAGCUCGGACAAGCAUAUUGCUGAAUUCGCUGCCAAGUAUUCGUCAAUUUGAAUUUUCAACAAUGUAAUCUCUAUUUCAAAAUAAGCAAGUAGGCAAUGAUUCCAAGCAUAUAUGUUUAGAGGAGACAAUUUUUCCAUAUGUAAUUACAAUGCUAAAUUCUCACCAUUUGGAACGAUGCUGAAAUUUCGUAAA